AUGAUCCUAACAAAUUUGGUGGUGUUUGCUUUCGUCGCCUGCUCUCUGACUAUUCAUAUCACCAGCCCUUCCCAAAGUACGCAAUGGGAAAUCAAGGAUAAUCAUACAAUAACGUGGGAUUAUGUCCGAACAGACAAACCGUUCGUCGGAGUAUACUUGACCAACUAUGUCAACUUUCCAAUCUUGAACAGGUUGGUUGCUAAGAUUAAUCUCACCGAAAGUAAGGUUACCGUAAAUACCAGCGACUGGCCUACUGGUAAUGGUUUCCGUAUCAAUCUGGGUAAUCCCGAGAGUCCCGAGGAAAUCUAUGCUCAGUCUGACGAAUUCACUCUUUUGCCUUCAAGCGACAAUGCCUCCCCUGCUCUAUCAUUUUCGAGUAAUGUCCCUGCCUCUUCUAAUGUCCCUGCCUCUUCUAAUGCCACCACCUCUCAUAAAACGUCCCAGUCUAAAACUGAUUCUUCCACGUUGAGUUCUUGGUACGCUGGUUCUUCUACAUCCUUUCCUAUCUCUUCCCAGCCAGUUGCUAGCGUUAGUGCCAUUGCAGCCCCAUAUGGAAAUAUAAGCAACUCCUCCAAUGCGGGAAGCAACUUCAGCAAUUACAGCAACUUCAGCAACUUUAACAAUUCUAGCAAAUUCGGAAAUUACAGCAAUUCCACCACUUCUCUUGCCCGGAACAACGCAGUUCAAUCUGGCAGUUCCUCCAUACAUGGCUUGUUCCAAACAAGCCUGUUUGGUUUGAUUGGAGCAGCAACUUUCUUCAUAAUUAACUAG